ACUUACUCACCCACUAACAUUGAGCUCCUUUUCACUGUCUGUAUGGGGGGGGGGGAGCAGGAGAGAGAAACCGCUUUUAAAUGAAAAAUAUUUUUAAAAGCACCUGAACAGAGCUGCCAAUCAGUUGGGGAAAGAGGAUUUUUGCCUGCCUGCUUUCUUAUUAUAUUGCUUACUGCAAGCCUGCUGUGCAAUCUAGGAAAUACUGUGUGUUACAGACUGAGACAUCAAUCCCAGCUCACCCCCCCUUUUUUUUUCUUGCCUGAAUUAGAAGCUCCAGGAAUGUGCUAAUUGGCGGCGGCCUCUUCAGAGAGGUAAAAGAGAGAGUGCGAGCAAUUUGCUCUACGAGAUCCACUUGUCGUCAAAUUACACGUCUUGCCAGCAGUGUCCGACGAAUGACUUGAAACAGACAUAUAGUUUAUUCCUAAGUGCUGAACAGUGCAAAGGAAAAUGGAUCGUGUUAUGUGAAGGCACUGAGGAAAUAGUCAUCAGCUCCUGAGAGGAAGAAGGCACUUGUGGAACUCAGAUUGAGGGAUUUUAAUGGCUUUCAGGUAGAAGCCAAGUGGAGACAAUCAAAAUGAAUUCUAUGGACAGGCAUAUACAGCAGACCAAUGACCGGCUGCAGUGCAUAAAACAGCACUUACAGAAUCCUGCAAACUUCCAUAAUGCAGCUACAGAGCUCCUGGAUUGGUGUGGAGACCCGAGAGCUUUCCAGAGACCUUUUGAGCAGAGUCUGAUGGGCUGUUUGACGGUUGUUAGUCGAGUGGCAGCACAGCAAGGAUUUGACUUGGAUCUUGGAUACAGGCUACUGGCCGUAUGUGCAGCCAACAGGGACAAAUUCACUCCAAAAUCAGCUGCACUGCUUUCGUCGUGGUGUGAGGAGUUGGGACGGCUCUUGCUGCUUCGUCACCAGAAAAGCCGGCAAAACGAUCCUCCUGGGAAGCUACCCAUGCAACCCCCCAUGAACUCUAUGAGCUCCAUGAAACCCACACUCUCUCAUAGUGAUGGGUCUUUCCCCUAUGACUCUGUUCCUUGGCAGCAAAACACCAACCAACCACCAGGUUCUUUAUCAGUGGUCACUACAGUAUGGGGUGUGACUAAUACCUCCCAAAGCCAGGUGCUGGGAAACCCAAUGGCAAAUGCCAAUAACCCUAUGAACCCAGCAGGAAACCCCAUGGCUUCUGGGAUGACUACCAGCAAUCCUGGCAUUAAUUCCCCUCAGUUUGCUGGGCAGCAGCAGCAGUUUUCAGCCAAGGCAGGCUCCGCUCAACCUUAUAUGCAGCAGGGCAUGUACGGGAGACCCAACUAUCCCGGAAGUGGAGGCUUUGGCGGGAGUUACCCUGGUGGCCCAAAUACUCCUGCGGGAAUGGGGAUCCCUCCACACACGAGGCCGCCUGCAGAUUUCACUCAGCCGGCUGCAGCUGCCGCCGCAGCUGCAGUUGCAGCCGCAGCUGCCACAGCAACAGCUACAGCUACAGCCACUGUAGCAGCCCUUCAGGAAACCCAGAACAAGGACAUGAACCAGUAUGGACCGGUUUGUUCCUCUUUCCAGAUGGGUCCGACUCAGGCUUACAACAGCCAGUUCAUGAAUCAACCUGGCCCUCGCGGCCCUGCUUCUAUGCCAGGCAGCAUGAACCCAGCAAGCAUGGGAGCCGGAAUGACACCUUCCAGCAUGAGUGGGCCGCCUAUAGGUAUGAGCCAGCCGAGGCCCCCUGGGAUAAGCCCCUUCAGCAGCCAUGGGCAGAGGAUGCCACAGCAAGCUUACCCAGGCCCACGCCCCCAGUCUUUGCCUAUACAGGGCAUGAAGAGACCGUACCCAGGAGAGCCAAAUUAUGGAAACCAGCAGUAUGGACCAAAUAGCCAGUUUCCUACCCAGCCUGGUCAGUAUCCAACUCCCAACCCUCCAAGACCUCUUACAUCUCCCAAUUAUCCUGGACAGAGGAUGCCUACCCAGCAAAACACGGGACAGUACCCUCCUCCGACAGUCAACAUGGGACAGUAUUACAAGCCAUCAAGGCCUGUACCUGUGGCAAAUUACCCUCACUCACCAGUUCCAGGAAACCCCACACCACCCAUGACUCCAGGGAGCAGUAUUCCACCAUACCUGUCACCUAACCAGGAUGUCAAACCACCAUUCCCACCUGACAUUAAGCCAAAUAUCAAUGCUUUACCGCCACCUCCAAAUGCUAAAGGGAAAGUUCACACUUUCUCUCCCUCUUCGAUCCCAGCCAACCACAAUGAUGAGCUGCGUCUGACAUUCCCUGUGAGAGAUGGGGUGGUGUUGGAGCCCUUUCGGCUGGAGCACAACCUGGCGGUCAGUAACCAUGUCUUUCACCUGCGGCCAACCGUCCAUCAGACGCUGAUGUGGAGGUCUGACUUGGAGCUGCAGUUCAAGUGCUACCACCAUGAAGACAGACAAAUGAACACAAACUGGCCAGCAUCGGUCCAGGUCAGCGUUAAUGCAACCCCUCUUACCAUUGAACGUGGCGACAACAAGACAUCUCAUAAACCUCUGCACCUAAAGCACGUCUGUCAGCCGGGAAGAAACACAAUUCAAAUUACAGUAACAGCAUGUUGUUGUUCACACUUGUUCGUGUUGCAGUUAGUGCACCGGCCAUCAGUUCGUUCUGUGCUUCAAGGCUUGCUAAAGAAACGUCUUCUCCCAGCAGAACAUUGUAUCACUAAGAUCAAGAGGAACUUCAGCAGUGUGGCAGCCUCCUCUGGCAAUGCAACACUAAAUGGUGAGGAUGGAGUGGAGCAGACAGCUAUUAAAGUGUCUCUGAAAUGUCCAAUCACAUUCCGGCGAAUCCAGCUCCCAGCGAGAGGCCAUGAUUGCAAGCAUGUACAAUGCUUUGAUCUGGAAUCUUACUUGCAACUGAACUGUGAACGAGGAACUUGGAGGUGUCCUGUAUGCAAUAAAACUGCUCUACUGGAGGGCUUGGAAGUCGACCAGUAUAUGUGGGGUAUUCUGAACGCUAUACAAAACUCUGAGUUUGAAGAAGUUACAAUCGACCCAACGUGCAGUUGGAGGCCAGUCCCUAUAAAGUCAGAUAUUCACAUCAAAGAUGAUCCAGAUGGCAUUCCUUCCAAGAGAUUUAAAACCAUGAGUCCCAGCCAGAUGAUCAUGCCAAAUGUGAUGGAGAUGAUUGCAGCUUUGGGUCCCGGCCCAUCACCUUACCCAUCCCUUCCACCUCCACCAGGGGGCAAUAACUCCACUGAGUAUGGUAACCAAGAAGGCCACAUACUGCUGAGGGUGAUAACCAUGGAGAAGCUUGGGCCAGUGGGCUGCCGUCUGAGCCUGCAGUCCUGUACAUGCAACAGUUACCAAGGUCAUGGCAAUUUUGAUUUCCCUCAUGGGAAUCCUGGUGGAACUUCUAUGAAUGACUUCAUGCACGGGCCACAGCUGUCUCACCCUCCAGACAUGCCGAGCAGUAUGGCAGCUCUUGACAAACCCCUCAGUCACCCCAUGCAAGAAUCAAUCCCUCAUCCUGGCAGCACUGAUCAAUCCCAUAGUUCCAUGCAGCAAGGUUUGCACGUACCUCACCCCAGCAGCCAGUCAGGGCAGCCAUUACAUCACAGUGGUCCUCCUACCCAGCAGUCCCGGCAGCCACCACAGGCCGCUUCUAGCAACCAUCCACACAGUGACCUGACUUUUAACCCCUCCUCAGCCUUAGAAGGUCAGGCUGGUGGACAGGGAGCAUCUGACAUGCCGGAGCCCUCACUGGAUCUGCUUCCAGAACUCACAAAUCCAGAUGAGCUGCUUUCGUACCUGGAUCCUCCCGACUUGCCAAGCAAUAGCAAUGAUGACCUUCUCUCUCUCUUUGAGAACAACUGAAACCCUAUGUAUUUUCCCCACUCCCUCACUUGUCCGCACGUGGGUAGCUGCACAAAGAGGAAUCUUCACACUCCCUUUCCACAAAAAAACCAACAAACUCAGACUCGAUCGAAUGGUGCACUCCCUGCUUUCUUCAUCUCAGAACUGGUUUUGUCAGCUUCACUGACUCUGAAAGCAAGGCGAGGGGGAAAAAAGAAAGAA